AUGAUAUUGUCUCUACUCCUCGUUGCUCAGCUAGAUGUGCAUACAUGCAAUCAUGAUCUUGAAAUGGGUAACAUAACAAGAGAACUUCAAGGACCUCAAUCAUAUCGCAGCCUUAAAAAUACCGAAUGGAAAAACAUCAGAAUUAAGGUAGAUUAUAAUUAUAUUGAUAAUACAAAAGAUGAUGAACGAACUUGUAAACGAGCUGGACAACUAGUUGUAUUCCAAGGCGUAAGAUAUAUUUGCAAACAGGAACAUAUUUUGUCAUAUUCAAAAAUUUUGGCUAUUAAAGGAACACUUAAUAAUGUCAAAUCAUAUUUAGAGAGACUUCUUACAGUAAUUCCAUUCAAUUAUAAUAUUAAUUAUGUGGACUUUCGUAGCCGUUAUGGAUACGAGACGAAUUUUGGCAAACAAAGCGCAUACGGUGCCGAUAUAGUACUUGCAGUACUUUCAAGACCGAGACAGGAUAAUGAUGCUACUCUCGCAUCAGCUGCUGGAUUAGCAGAAGAGAGAACAUAUCACAGACCAAUAUUUGGUGUCGUUUUCUUAAAUCCAAUGGCAGUUCCUGAUACAGCACAAGAUGAAAACUCAAAUGAUUCAAGAUUCUUUUAUACUUGCGUUCACGAAAUUUUCCAUGCUUUGGGUAUUUCUCAAUCAGAUUUCCGACACUAUCAUCCACAUGAUUCCAUAACUCCACAUUCACAAAUAGUAUGCAGUUUCAGAAAGUAUGGAAGAGACUUUUCGUUCUUAGUAACACCAUACGCUCAUAAAUUUGCAGUGAAGCGCUUUGGAGUAGAAGUUUUCGUAGGAGAUGACAGAACUUGCCCAUCUGGAUUAGAAAUCGAAAAUGAUGGCGGUCAAGGAACAGCAGGAAGUCAUUUAGAAGCAAGAUCUUACAUGUCAGAUUUGAUGGUUGGCAUGACAAUUCAAACAAAAUCUGGACCAUAUUCCAGGUUGACUGAUGCUGUUCUUGCAGUUCUUAUGGAUACAGGUAACUACAAAGUUAACUGGAGAAUGGGACAACCAUUAGUAUGGGGCCACCCAGAAUCAAUUGAUGGAAAACCAAUUCCAAACUUUGCAAUUGGUCCUCCACAAAAUGUUUUCCCUAAGUAUUAUAUGAGAGACUUCUCAGUACAAGAAGAUUGGUAUGCAAGUUUUGAUUUCAAAUUCUCCGGACCGUUUUCAGGACCUGCACAUAUUAGAGCAAGUUAUAGCGAAAAACAAUUUUAUGAUCCAAAAGGCAUUGGAGUUGGUACAACACAAGUUUAUGAUUUCAUUCCAUUUUAUUUUCCAAAUUAUGUUUGUCCUAAUGGACAAGCUAUUCUUCCAUCAACAACGUCAUAUUAUUACCACAAAUGCGGUACAUAUACAUGCGACGGAUAUAAAUCGUUCACAAUUCAAGUCAAUAAAGAUCUAGCUGCAACUCAGUUUGAAAGUGUCACAUGCACAAAAGAUAAUGCAACAGCUGUAUUAUCUAUGUCAGUAAGCGGUUAUCGCAGACAAGUUUCUUGUGUUGAUCCUGAGAGAUUCUGCAGGUCUGUGAAACUUAACGAAAUGAAGUUUGUUGUUGACCCAUUCAAUCCAGAUACAAGGCAAUUGAAUAGUGAUUCUCCAACACCGACACAGCCUGAACCUGAUAAUAAUCCAUCAGGACCCGAACCAGGAAAUAAUCCAUCAGGACCCGAACCAGGAAAUAAUCCAUCAGGACCCGAACCAGGAAAUAAUCCAUCAGGACCCGAACCAGGAAAUAAUCCAUCAGGACCCGAACCAGGAAAUAAUCCAUCAGGACCCGAACCAGGAAAUAAUCCAUCAGGACCCGAACCAGGAAAUAAUCCAUCAGGACCCGAACCAGGAAAUAAUCCAUCAGGACCCGAACCAGGAAAUAAUCCAUCAGGACCUGGAGUUGAAAAUCCUUCAGGAACUGGAGGAAAUGAAACAACAACAACAGGGUCUGGAGGUUCAUAUGAAAAUUCCAAAGCAGCAGAAAAGAAGGCUAAAAAGAAAAAGUUGAUAAUUAUUGCGGCAUGUGCCGGAGUUGCAGCUUUAAUUGUGAUUGCAUUUAUUGCAGUUUUGGUUAUAUUUGCAAUUAGAAAUGCAAAAGAAAAUGCAUAUCAUGAGGAUUCUGAUGCAAAUUAUGUUGUUUAG